AUGGGUCUAGUCGACACAUACAGUCUGUACCAGAUCGCAAUCUGGGUCCCAGUUGCCUUCAUUUCCUACACACUCCUAAACUUCGUGUACAACAUCACUCUCCACCCCCUCGCGAAAUUCCCAGGUCCACUACUAUGGCGCAUAUCUCCCAUCCCAUCCGUCAUCUCCCUCCUGCGCGGCCGCAUAGCCUUCGACUACAAAGUCCUACACGAUAAAUACGGCCCGGUGGUGCGCGUCAUGCCCAACGAACUCUCCUUCAACACCGCAAAGGCCUGGGACGACAUCUACGGGCACCGCGUCGGGCUGCAGAACAUGGACAAGGAUCCGAUCCACGUUGGUGCCGUCGAGGCGAUUCCUGGGGCUACAAAUUUGACAAUGGCGCCCGAUACGCAUCAUGCGAGGCAGAGGAGAGCGCUGGCGCAUGCGUUUUCUAAACAGGCGUUACUCGAGCAGGAGCCGAUUCUGCGGGGCUAUGUGGAUCUGUUUGUGCGGAAGUUGAGGGAGAUGGCACACAGCGAAGGUUCCGAAUCCGCAAACUGGGUUGUCCUCAUCUACGAAGCCAUCAAAUCCGGCGCCAUCGAGCAAGCCACGCGCCGCUUCGCCGCACCAGGCUCCCUCUCCCAACGCUUCCUGAUGUGGUGCAUACCCUCUGCCAUCCGCGAGCGAAGAACCCGCCAUCUCCGCAACAGCACGGAGAAAACCGUGCGCCGCAUGGCGACCAAGACGGAGCACCGCGACUUCAUCUGGUACAUCCUCAAGCAGCGCGAGAAGAAGAACGAAGUCAGCGACGACGAAGUCAUCAUGAACGCCGCGCUCUUCAUCGUCGCCGGCAGCGAAACUACCGCCACAGAACUCUGCGGGUUGACGAAUUAUCUCCUGCGCAAUCCGCCCAUGCACAAGAAGAUCGUGGCGGAGAUUAGAGAGGCGUGCAAGACCGAGGAGGACAUCAACAUGGAUGUCCUGGCGGAUCUGCCGUACAUGAAUGCUUGUAUCGAGGAAGGUCUGCGCAUCUUCCCACCUGUUCCAAUCGGUUUGCUACGUACCGUGCCCAAAGGUGGUUCUCUGAUCGACGGCCACGCCGUCCCCGGCGGCACAUCUGUAUGCGUAGCAUCCUGGGCCGCCGCACACUCCGCCUCCAACUUCGCGGACCCAGACAGUUUCAUUCCAGAGCGCUUCAUGGACACGCCGUCAUCACGCGAAAAGUACGGCAGCGACAUCAAGAAAGCCGCGCAGCCGUUCUCAACAGGUCCGCGAGGCUGUAUUGGGCGCAACUUGACGUAUGUCGAGUUGAGGCUGAUUCUGGCGGCGCUGUUGUGGAAUUUCGACAUUGAGUUUGCGGAUGGGGCGCCGUUGUGGCAUCCGAAGAAUGAAUUUGAGGGGCUGAGAGCGUAUAAUACGUGGGAGAAGAGUCCGUUGAUGAUUAAGUUGAAGGAUGUUAGGAAGACGCCUGCGUAG